UAAGAAAAAGAAAAAAAAAAAAGGAGAAAACAGAAAAAAAAAACUUGAUUUUUCUCCCUUCUGCAGAUCCACCAUCGCCACCAUCACCUCCGUUCCUUCACCUCGGAUCUUCACCAUCCCCUUGCUGAUCUGGCUUUGUUUUUUGUUUUGUCCUAAAGUUGUCUCGCACUCUCCAAUCGGCCGAUCGUCAUGUCGUCGACGGAAAGGAAAAUCACCCUCAAGAGCUCCGAUGCGGAGACUUUUGAGGUGGACGAAUUGGUGGCCCUCCAGUCGCAGACGAUUAAACAUAUGAUCGAGGAUGAUUGCGCCGAUAACGGGAUCCCUCUACCGAACGUCACGAGCAAGAUCUUAUCUAAGGUGAUCGAAUACUGCAAGAAGCACGUCGAGGCUUCCAAGUCUGAAGAUCGUGCUACUUCUGCGGACGAAGAGCUCAAGGCCUGGGACUCCGACUUCGUCAAGGUCGAUCAGGCCACCCUCUUUGACCUCAUAUUGGCUGCGAAUUAUUUGAACAUCAAGAGCUUGUUGGACCUGACAUGCCAGACGGUGGCAGACAUUAUUAAGGGUAAAACACCAGAGGAGAUCCGUAAGACAUUCAAUAUUGUGAAUGACUUUACACCUGAGGAAGAAGAGGAUGUUCGCCGGGAGAAUCAAUGGGCCUUUGAGUGAAGGAUUUCAACUAAGCAGUGACCUUUCUCGUGUAUUUUAGUUUUUAUGUGCGGAGAAUGAGGGUUGCUGUUUCCACCGUAUGCUUAUUAUUUAAAUUCUCUAUCUUAGUUAAAGUGCCUUAUGUAAUUUUCCCUAAUCCCUACCAUGCCGAAAGUUGUUAUUCUGGUACUCUUUACUCAACUGGGAUGUUUCAUUGGGAUCAUUCUAUGUUAAUAUUGAAUGUGUUGUUUACUUUCUUGUUAAUUGCUGUUUCUUUCAUUGUUCAUGUAUUUGAAUAUGAUCUUCCUCUACUUUUGAGCUGCAUAUAUUUGUCCAAUGCCACAUGGAUAGAAUGUAGCAUACAUACAGAAUCAUAGAAAGCACUAAUGCAGCAUUACUUUGUGCGCAUUAUAGGUGACUUUGAUUAUGAUAACUCAAAGCUGGUGAUAUGUAUCAUCCUUGAAAUCAUGCUAGGAUGAUAGAGAGAUAAAAUUGACUCUUCCAAACCAGGAUGCUUGCACAUUACAUUGAGUUGCGUAGAAUCCUUGGCUUGUGCAUAUUACAUACUGCUAUUGUAUUGCCUACUGGAGAUGUAGCACUUGUGGAUGCUUUAACUGCUUAGAACAAAUGGACUCCGAACCUUAUACUUUCCAUUUGACCAUGUUAUAGAUCCAAACACAUCUUUAUCAAGUUGCUUCACCGGGGAGAAAAUUACUUGGUAGGACAACUUCUGACCGAUGUCUGUAAACUGAAGUUUGUCUGGGACCACUUUGACAUUUAUGCCUGCAGGUGCUUCAAUGCUUACUGUGUAGACUGGUUCAUCAUCUCCAGCAACAUUUGUAAGAGAUCUAUUCACUUUUCUGCUCCCUUUUACACUGAUUUUGGAAAUGGCUAUUGAUGGAUAAUUGAUAUCAGAUAUAGAAUCAGUGCUUGGAUUCAUGGGGCAAACAAAACCUUUUGGGA